UAAUCUAUCAUCAUUUACUGUAUGUAUAUCUUUUAAUUAUUAGGAUUUAAACCAACACUAAUUCAUAUGGGUGGGCUGGCUAUCUUACAAUCAGAGAAAGCCACAUCAUUACCACAGUGGAUAGGCUAAACGCUGUCGUUUUGCGGGUCACAGCAUCACAGCCCCGGACGCCUUUAUAUUCACAGGGAGGUUUUCCAGUCGCAGGUCGCAUUUAGAUCGAGAGAUCGAGAAGAGAGAGGGAGACAAAGAGAGUAGCGAAGAUAGAGCCGGAUCGAAAGAGGAAGAAAACUUCGAUCUCAUCUGCAGAUCGAGCGGAGCACAACAAAAAGAAGGGGAAAAUGUCGUCGAAUCAGGUGAGGGCUUCGCACAUCUUGAUCAAGCACCAAGAUUCCAGAAGGAAGGCGUCUUGGAGAGAUCCUGAAGGUCGAGUCAUAAAGGCCACCACCAAAGAAAGUGCCGUCACUCAGAUUAAGGCCAUUCGCGACGACAUCAUUUCUGGCAAAUCUAAGUUCUCCGACGUCGCUUCUCAAAUCUCCGAUUGCAGCUCUGCCAAGCGCGGCGGCGAUCUCGGGCCAUUUGGUCGGGGUCAGAUGCAAAAGCCUUUUGAAGAAGCAACAUAUGCUCUUAAAGUUGGGGAGAUUAGCGACAUCGUGGAAACUGAUAGUGGGGUUCACAUCAUAAUGAGGACUGGUUGAUCAUCGCAGAAGAAGCUCUUGGUUAGACUGAAACAAGGAGUCUUCUGAAAUAUGGUUGUUGCUCUUCCAAUAUGGGCAACAAUAUGACCAUCUUAUUACAGGGCACGAGGCCAUUGAUGUGUGUGGAGUGUUAGAACUUAUAAUACCCAAUUCUGAACUGUUUUGACCCAUUCCUUGGGAACAUCUAAAAUUUUUACCAGGUUGUGGAUUGAUGAGAUUUGUAUUAACUGAAUAAAAGCAUGGUUUGAUAUA